GGGAGGGGGGGGGGGUUAAAAGUUCUAAGUGGAUACUAUGGACACUAGGGUUUGUCUCCGAGAAAGGCAUGCUACCCCGAGCUCACCCCCUUCUCUAACUGACCCUCGCCACUUUCAAUCUCGCCAAAAGUUUAAAAAAUAAUAUCAAACAAACAUCAACUACACCAUGAUGAAAUGCUUAAGUCCCAUAAACUUUUUUACGAAUACAUCUGUUUUGGGUUGUUUUUUGUUUGUUGUUGUUUGUUUUUUCAAACAGCGCUGAUUCAAUGAGGGCAUUUCUUUAUGCCUUUUGGCUUGUUAUUAUUGAAAGAAAAAAAAAAAAGAAAAGAAUGAAUAAUAAUUAUACGAUUAUUUUUUUCCUCUCUUGUUUUUCAGCGGUCUGUUUCAGCGUCAAAACAGAAUGUCUCUUAGAUUACACGCCCAGCGAAGAAUUUCUGGAAGGAGAGUAUGAGGGUUGGACGGGUCCGACACAAGGGGGUCAUGGUGGUCCCUGGGGGAGACCCGGGGGCGUGGCCUACGGUCCGGGUGGGCGUGGCAUGGAUCAAGAGGACUGGAAGGAGGCCAUGGGCAUGGACGAAAUGGAGGACUACCCAGGCCACGGUUAUGCAGGUCAAGGAUAUGCAGGUCAAGGUCAUCCAUUUCAGGGGUAUGAGCUAAGCCCAACUGCCAUGUCGGGGCAUCAAAGAGGCGGGAGAUUCUUAGAUGAGGAAGGAGAGUGGGAGGAUGCAAAGAAGAAAAGACGAAGAAAAAGAAGAAGAAAAAGAACCCCGUGGGCGUUGAACCGUGGUAUGUCACGGCACAGCCCAGGCACGCUGGUCGGCAAACUGACCUGCGCUCAAGGGGCCAUGAUCCAUGUGCUCAACGUAUCUCUGGGGUUUUCUGACACGUCCCACUGCUGGCCGGCAAGACCCGGCUGUCAAGCAGGCUCGGCCACAGCUAAGCAGAUAAUUCAUUGCCAGGGUAUCACGGGGUCGUGUGACGUCACAGUGAGACGACAUCACAUGAUGCGAUGUGGCCGGGGUGUCAACUAUGCCGCUAUAAGCUACGAGUGCGUGCCUGCAAAGCAUAAGGUAGACAUUUGCUCCUCUGUGAGCAGGGACGAAGAAGGAAGCGUGCUCAUCUCCUCGCCUUCCUACCCCUCUUCCCCGUCGUCUGUCACACCCACCGCCUCUGCCAGUGGCGAUUUCAUGACCUGCGAGUGCACGCUACGGACGGUGGAGGGAUCCCGGUUUGAGAUCCAGUCUUUGCGGUCAGUAUUUUUGUUGUCAUCGUUAUUUUUCUGUUUUCACAAAUACGUUUGUUUAUAUAAUACAGAGAACGCUGUUCGAUGGAAAGGUUAUAAAUUGUCAGUGAAAUCUAUCAAUUUACCAAUAACUGAAUGCUUUUUUCUCUCACAUGCAAAAUCGAAGGCAAAAUCGAAGGCAAAAUCGAAGGCAAAAUCGAAGGCACACGAGACAGGGGUUACCUACUCGAAAAAUCUAAACAGAUGGGUGACGGGGAAAGAUAAGGAUAAUCUAGUUGUUUUAAAUAUGCAAAUCGGAGCUAAGGAAUAAAUAGAGAAUCAUGAUCGCCGAUGCCUG